AUGUCUGAGAAAAAGAGACUAUCAGUAAAGAAAGAUAAAGAAAGUCAAAGAAAAGCUAUUUUGAAAUAUUUUUGUGCAGAAACACAUUCUACAGGUACUGAUUCUGCUACUGAAAGCGAUAGCGGUGUGACAACUCCUGCUGUUAAUAUUCCAAGACAAAUUGAAACUGAAACUCAAAUUAGCAUAUUAUCAUCUGCAGACUACAGUGACCCUGCAAAUUGGCCUACUCAUUUUAGUGACAAUUUUCGGCAAUUUGUUAUAAAAAAUAGACCGCAAAAAAUUGAAAAAUAUAACUUUCCACAAGAUCGAGAUGAACAAAAAAGAAAAUUUUCAUUAAUCUAUUACAAGCGGACAUUACCAAAUGGAGAAGAAAUCUCUUGUUCUUGGCUUAUAUAUUCAGUUUCAAAAAAUAAAGAACUUGAUAUACGUUUAUCUACAGAAAAAACCAUUGCUCAUAUUAACCAACAAAAAAUUAAUGAAAAAGAACAAUAUUGGCAACGAAUUUUAGAAAGAUUAAUUGCCUUAGUCAGAGUACUGGCUAUGCAAAACUUGGCAUUUCGUGGAAAAAAUGAAAAGCUUUACAAUAAUGCCAAUGAUAAUUUUUUAAAAUUUGUUGAGUAUCUUGCUUUAUUUGACCCAUUAAUGAAUGAACAUGUGCGGAAAAUUAAAAAUCAAAAAAAUAAAACUGCUCAUUAUCUUGGAAAAGGAAUUCAAAACAAAUUAAUACAAAUACUAGCAAAUGCUAUAAAAGAUAAUAUCUUGACUAGAGUAAAAUUUGCUAAAUAUUAUUUUAUAAUUUUAGACUGCACCUCAGAUAAUAGCCAUACAGAACAAAUGACAAUAAUAAUUCGAUUCAUACCUGUGGAGAAACCUACAGGUGGUUUUUUGGCAAAAACAUUAAUUGAACAAUUGGAAAAUUUUAAUUUACCAAUUGAAAAUCUCCGUGGACAAGGAUACGAUAAUGGAAGCAACAUGAAGGGUAAGGAGAAUGGGGUACAAAGAAAAAUUUUGGGUAUAAAUCCUCGGGCGUUUUUUAUUCCAUGCAGCGCACAUUCACUAAACUUAGUUUUGAAUGAUGCAUGCAAGUGUAGCUUAGAUGCAAUAAGUUUUUUUGGUGUGGUGCAACAGAUUUAUAGUUAUUUUUCGGGAUCACCUUCUCGUCGGCAAGUUUUUCGUAGCUAUUUUCCAGAUUUUACUGUCAAGUCACUAAAUGAUACAAGAUGGGAAAGCCGCAAUAAUGCUUUAAAACCAUUACGAUACAAUCUCGGAAUAAUUUACGAUGCUUUAAUGCAAAUAUUUGAGGAUCCAAGAUUACAAACUACAUCAGUAGGAAAUUCUUCCCAAAAUGAGGCUAAAGGGCUCGCAAAUUCUAUUUGCAUAUUCAAGUUUAUGGUUGCCCUUGUUUCAUGGUUCGACAUUCUUUUUGAAGUUAAUAUUUCUAAUAAAAUAUUACAAAAUAAGAAAGUUGAUUUGAAUGUAGCUACACAACAAUUAAAUAUUACUAAAAACAAACUUGUAAAAAUGAGAAAUGAUGAAGGCUUUCAAAGAAUUAUUGUUGAUGCUGCUGAAAUUGCAAAGGAAUUGGAAACAGUAACAAAUUUUGAAGAAAAACAUGUCGGGAGAAGGAGAAAAAAGCGACAGUUCGAUUAUGAAACACAAGAUGAAGCGUUGCAAGAUCCAAAAGAAAAAUUUAAAGUUAAAUUUUAUUUUAAAAUUUUUAGACACUGCUAUACAGUCUAUUGCGGAAAGGUUUGA